AAUUAUGAAAUGGGUCGGUCCAGCUCUAAAUUGCUGGAAACGCCCAACAAUCCUCUGCAGGAGUUGCAAUUUGAGGAGCGUAAGCGUGAGCAACGCAAACGCAAGCAAGAAAAGCAACUAAAAAAAAUUGCCAAAUUGCAAAAGAAGCAAGCGAAGAAGACAAAAAGGAAGAGCAAACAGAGCAAGGACCCCGAAAAGCAGACUUCCAUAACCACGAAACACGCUAGUGGCACGAAGCGCACGAAUAGCCUGAAUUCGCAGAGCACAAGCUACGAAAUCAAUAAGGAAGAAUUCAAUCGACAAAUCGAGCAGCAAAUACAAAAUCAUUUAGAUAGUGAUCUCUGCACAUUUAUCAUGAAUCAGGUGUCGUUAACGUUGCAGUUUUUCGGAAAUUAUGAAAAUGAAUUGGCAAACAUUUCUGAGGAAUUGCUAGCCAAAGAGAAUGAUUUGAAUCAGAAUCUCGAGGAGCAUUCCAUACUCUUAUCGACGCCAUUGGAUGCUGCUGUCUCCAAGUGGAUGCAAUACAAACCAGUCCACGGUCCAGAGAAACACACACCUCAACCGCUCCAGCCGCUGGCAAUGUAUGUGAUAUUCGAAAAUAUCGAUAUAGCGCGACCGAACGAUGCCAAUUACGAUUCAAUUUCACCACUUUGCAAAGUUGAUUUGGACACGGAUUUCUACAACACAACGCCCUGUAAGGAGGACUACAUGGAAAUGUUGCGCGAGACAAAAUGGAAGGGCUAUGUACGGCUGAAACUACGUGAAGAGCCAAAAACCCAACGAAUUGCGGCUACCGAUGGCGAUGUGUAUACGGACGGCAGCUCGGGUUAUAGCACGACGAGUGUCUACAGUCUUAAAGCGCCAAGCAAUUACGCUGAAUCUGAGUAUGACUACACCUACAUAGCGCAUUUGAAUACACAUCAUCCAUUGUCCGAGCUUAAGAUGCACAAUCAACGUGGUAACUAUAAAUUGGAUGCCAAAGUCUUGCCAGACUCAUGUGUAUCCAAUUUGCGGCAGUUUGCUGAACCAUUGAAUGAUGAAGACACCGACGACGAUGAUGAUGACGAUGAAGAUGAAACUGAGCCGGAGUCCGAUGAUGAAGACAGCGCUGAUGAAGGUUACAAUGGCGUGCAAAGGAGAGCCAAUGAGAAGACACGAUACCGAGAUGUCGAGACGUUGGAGGCCAUACGCCUGUAUAAGUUGGAGCAGGAACGACGUCAGGUACUGAUGCAGCAAUGUUAUCUUAACUCCAAAGAAUUUAUGCGUUAUUUUGGUGAGUUGGUACGUCAACAGCUUGCCGAUCGCCUACAAAUAUUCCCCGAAGAAUUAAGCGAGGGCACAUAUCGCGGUUCAUCGAUCUACACAAAAUACUUCGAACUCAUACCCGCCAUUUAUGUGGCGCAUAAUGCACAACACUGGCCGGAUUGCGCAUUUCAAUUUCGCAUACGUGAGCGUCCUAUCUCCACCAAUCCACUAACGGGACAACAAUUUCAGUGGCCAACGCGUUCGAUGAUUAGACGUAUCGAAACUUUUGGCUUUCAUGUCAUACCCAUUGGUUAUGCGCCCAAACGACAACGGAAUCCUUUUCGUGAGCUCGAAUGGCGUAUUGUUUUUCCGAAAGCGGAGCGCUACUUGGAGCAACAUUUAACAAAUACACAAGUGAAAGUAUUCAUGAUGACCAAGGCUUUGGUGAAGACAUUUGUCGAACCACAAGAGAAGCAUAAGGCGCUCUCGUUCAUAAUGGAGCAUCUGCGCAUGCAUCUCUUCUGGGAAUGCGAGCGCAACUACACUGGCUGGCCGGAGGAGUAUCUCGGUGAGGUGCUUUUGCGUUUUAUUAGCACAUUUAUGCAGCGACUGCGCGAAAAAUGUUUAAAGGACUUCUUUAUUGAAGAACGUAAUCUCUUCGAGAGCAUACCGGAAUACUCUUUGGUCAUGUUAUUCUCAAUACUGGCCGAUAUUGUGGCGAAUCCUUUGAUGCAUCUAAUGGUGGCACUUAAAAAUCUAGAUUUUGAAGAAGACUUUUUUCCAAAAUUGAAUUUUAAGAAGAUAUUUGAAAAUAUUUCCGAAAAUAAUAUGUUGAAAUUGAAAAUGCAAGCGAAAAAUUCACGAAGUCUAGUUGGUUUGGAUGCGGCGGAAGAUGAACCGGCACUCUUGCAAGACGAAGGUGCAAAGGGUUUGGUCGGCAUGAAGCAACAUCGUGAGAAAACCAACGGUAAACUACGAAGGAAGACGCAUGUGAUGCGACACAAUAUUGAAAUGAAGAAGAAACAAGAAUAUGAACGGCGUCGCUUGUCAGAGGAGUCCAUAGAUAUCGAGUUUUUCUUCCGGCGCAAUAUAAAAAACUCCAAAUUGAAGCAUCUCAAUCAGGGUGUUGAAAACUUACGACGCACAAAUAUACUCGAAAUAAUCAUCGACCAUCUAAUAGCGAUGACCGAAAAGGCAAUGGAGUUUCGUGUUUGUUAUUUGGCUAAAACGUUCUUGGCACACGCGAGGCGCCUCUGCAAAUUCUACAAUAAUUAUGGUUGUGAUAUGGGUGCUAGAGAGUACCUCAACACUAUCGGUAGUUUGGAGGAGGAAAUUGCCGGUUUGCAGACGAAUGAAGAUUUUAAAAACUUACCGCCUACUUUGCCGAUACGCACAAGUGUAGAGACCAGCAAUAAGACUAAGCUAACCAAAGAAGUUUUCGAGCAUUUAGAGAGCGUGCGGCGUACCGUAAGAGUCGACAUUGAAGUAACGCACAGUGAAAGAGGAAACUCUCCAGCGACUUGUAGAAAAAGCAUCGCAAAGUCGUUGGAGGAGAGCGUUGAGCAAGCACAUUCUUACAAUGAUCUCGAGUUAGUGGAUAACAUAACACCCAAUUUGGGGCGACGCAAGUCUAUUAAGUUUACCGAACAUGUGGUGGAAGUACAUGAAGGAGACACAAAUCCAAUACAAAAGCCUGAGGGACAGAGUUUGGUUGGUAUUUUGCGCUUCAAUCCCGAAGUAACGGAAAUUUGUGAUGCACCUGCAGUUGAAAGAGACAAGCGGGAGGUCGCUUAUGAGAGCUAUGAAUCGAUUGAUAACUACAGUUUGAACGAUGAUGUUGGUGAGAACAAUCGUAUUGAUGUCAUUGUGGGAAGUGAAGAAGUCAAUAAAUCACAAGUGGUAGGGGAAGGCGAAGAUGAAGCAACAGAGACAACUGAUAGCCCGCGGAAUUCUGCAGUAAAGACGCCAAGUGAUGAUAGAAUACUCGGUGAUUUUAGUAAAAGAAUUGGCAUGCUGCGUAAGCUAACGCACGGCAAUUCGCAAGUCAUUAAAGAUAUUACAACGUCAACGGAAAAGCUAUUCGUUUCGAUGGCCUCGGAAGAAACACGUUCGCAGUUAAAAGAGGUGAUAAGACGCAAAACAUUUCAGCUGAAAGGUGCUUUCAAUCAGUGCUCGGAGUCUUGACAUUGAUUUAAGUUAUUUU